AGCUUCCUAGUCUCUGUCCUGUUUUGAUUUUUCACACUUCUUCUCCAUCUUCGGCUCGGAUUGUUUGGUUUUUCCUGUCUCGGACCUCUCGCAGAGAGCUUUUAUGGCAAUAGCGAUUUAAUCUCUGCUCUAAGAAAAGCAAAUUUCUUGAUUAGAUUAAUUUGGAAAGAAUCAACGAAGACGUUGGAGAGAAGUGCUUAUCAGUUUUUAUUUGUUUUUUUGGGUCAAACUGACAGAUUUUUCUGUGAAGGUUCUUAGUUUUCAAGGGUUUUUGGUCUUGUAGAGGUCGGCAAUAGCGAGGUCGUGUGGUUCUCUGUUCCUUGAGAUUUUUCUAUGAACAGAAAUUGACGAAAUUUCCCUGCAUUUUCGAGAUGGAUUCUGUUAAACCAUCUUCCGUGACUCCAAAAAAGAGUAGCUUGGCACGCACGGUGGCGAAAGUUCUUCAUCUUCGUGCUGCAACUGGGAUUGCUCCAGUUGAUGGUGUGCAAAAAGUCAAGUCCCAGGAACAGGUCAAGAAUGAUAAUAAGAUUGGCAAUAAGAGCACAAUCAGUCUGCGUCAGUCCUUCAACAUCAGCAAUGAUGACGAACACCAAAAGAGUUUGGCUGUGGAAGCUCUUCUUGCAAAACUGUUCGCCAGCAUUUCUUCUGUUAAAUCAGCAUAUGCUCAGUUACAGUGUGCGCAGUCUCCUUAUGAUGUUGAUGGGAUCCAAGCAGCUGAUAAAUUAGUGGUUUCCGAGUUGAAGAAUUUGUCUGCGUUGAAACAGUGCCAUUUGAAAAAACAGUUUGAUCCUUCUCCGGAGACUACUUUGCUGUUGGCUGAAGUUCAGGAGCAAAAGAGUGUUUCAAAGACCUAUGAAAUUAUGGGGAAGAAAUUGGAGUCUCAGUUGAGGCUCAAGGACUCUGAGAUCAUAUAUCUUCGAGAAAAAUUGGAGGAAUUUAAUAGACAGAACCAGUUAUUUGAGAAAAGAUUGGAUAGAAGUGGACAGCUGUCUAUGCCUGACAAUCUUCACCUAUCAGGUUUGAGUCCUAGCCAUUUCCUAGCAGUUGUUCGCUUCACAGUCAAGUCGAUCCGAAGCUUUGUCAAGCUGAUGAUUUAUCAGAUGGAAGCUGCUGAUUGGAAUCUUGACGCUGCAGCCAAUUCGAUUGUAUCAGACGUGGUCUACUGGAGAGCUGAUGACAAAUGUUUUGCAUUUGAAUGCUUUGUUUGCAGGGAGAUGUUUGAAGCUUUCAAUUUGCCAAACUUCUCCCUUCCUUGCGAGUCUUUGCCAAAGGGAAAGAACAAGCAACAUUACUUUCUCAGGAGAUUCACAGAACUAAAAUCUGUCAAAGCGAAGGAACAUCUUGCAGAGAAUCCCAAAUCGACAUUUGCAAAAUUCUGCAGAGCCAAGUACUUGCAACUUGUUCAUCCCCAGAUGGAAACAUCAUUCUUUGGCAAUUUAAGCCAAAGAAACCUUGUGAAUUCUGGUGAAUUCCCUGACACUACCUUCUUCACCUCAUUUGCUGAAAUGGCAAAGCGAGUGUGGCUUCUACAUUGCUUGGCCUUUUCUUUCGAGCCAGAGGCCUCAAUCUUUCAAGUACGCAGCGGCUGUCGAUUUUCUGAAGUUUACAUGGAAUGUGUAUGUGAGGAUGCACUGCUUUCGUCCGAAAAUGCACCAGAAGCUGACCCACCAGUUGCAUUCACUGUCGUUCCAGGCUUCAAGAUUGGUAAAACUAUUAUACAGUGCCAGGUUUACCUCUCUCAAAUCCAAACCAAGGUAAAUCGGUAAUCUUCAUUUUCAUGGAUAACAGCACCUCCAGGAAGCUAGACCCACAACAAGGCCAUAGUCAUGAUUCCUCAUGAGUAACCUGGUAGCUGGGUGUCUCCUGUGGGGGCUUGGCUUCUUGAUGUAAGGUAAACCUAAAACGUUGACAUUUGAUCGGACGGUGAGGGUGAUGUGGGCCCACUGACAACAUCAAAAAGCAAGAACUGGAGGCCAUGGUCAUGAUUUUUCAUCUUUUGUAUUUUGAGUAAAGAAAUGGUUGAUGAUGGAAGAAAUGUGGCUUUGCCUUGGUUUUGUGGCCAAUUUGAAAGGGAGAAAGAAAGGGUAGAUGGCAACCUUUGAUUUAAUUAUUAGAAUUAUGGAAGACAUGGUUGCAAAUUUGUUAAUAUUAGGCGAAUGACACAAGGAUUUGUUUAUUCUCGUUUCUCAAUGUUAUGAUGUUUUUCAUGUACAUAAUAAAAUAAUAUAGUAGGGGGAGUCUUUUAUAUA